AUGUACGCACCGCCAGCUUUCAUUGAAGAGGAAAUCUCUACUGAGACGGGCAGCAUUGUCUUGAAAGUCUUUUUAGAUAAGGAUCUCCGCCAUCUUCAUGUUUUCGCUAUCCAAGCUGGAACUCUUCGUGAUUACAGUUCUAAUCUCAAAUCAGCCAUUAAGUCACUAGCUAAGUUCAAAAAGCUCAAUGUAAUCUGCUAUCUUGCCUCUAACACCAACCUCGACAUUCUCACAGGCCAACUCAACCGCAAGCUCACCAUCCUCCUAGGCCUGACCAACAACAACCCUAUCAACUAA